AUGGCUGCCCCCCGUUGCUGCUCCCGGAGGGGGCCGCCACCUCCCCGUCCCUCUAGGAUGCCCUGGAAGUCGGUCCUGCUGCUGGGGCUUUGGUUGCCUUCGCUGGCGUGGGCCGGAGCUUCGCCCACUUCCUGCCCGGCCGCCUGUUCCUGCAGCAACCAGGCCAGCCGGGUGAUCUGCACGCGCCGGGAGCUGGUGGAGGUGCCGGAGAGCAUCUCCAUCAACACGCGGUACCUCAACCUGCAGGAGAACAACAUCCAGCUCAUCAAGACCGACACCUUCAAGCACCUGCGGCACCUGGAGAUCCUGCAGCUGAGCAAGAACCUGAUCCGCAAGAUCGAGGUGGGCGCCUUCAACGGCCUGCCCAACCUCAACACGCUGGAGCUCUUCGACAACCGCCUGGCCACGGUGCCCACCCAGGCCUUCGAGUACCUCUCCAAGCUGCGGGAGCUCUGGCUGCGGAACAACCCCAUCGAGAGCAUCCCGUCCUACGCCUUCAACCGGGUGCCCUCCCUGCGCCGCCUGGACCUGGGCGAGCUCAAGAAGCUGGAGUAUAUCUCCGAGGCGGCCUUCGAAGGGCUGGUGAACCUGCGGUACCUGAACCUGGGCAUGUGCAACCUCAAGGACAUCCCCAACCUGACGGCGCUGGUGCGGCUGGAGGAGCUGGAGCUGUCGGGCAACCGGCUGGACAUGAUCCGCCCCGGCUCCUUCCAGGGCCUCACCAGCCUGCGCAAGCUGUGGCUGAUGCACGCCCAGGUGUCCACCAUCGAGCGCAACGCCUUCGACGACCUCAAGUCGCUGGAGGAGCUGAACCUGUCCCACAACAACCUCAUGUCGCUGCCCCACGACCUCUUCACCCCCUUGCACCGGCUGGAGCGGGUGCACCUCAACCACAACCCCUGGCAUUGCAACUGUGAUGUCCUCUGGCUCAGCUGGUGGCUGAAGGAGACGGUGCCCAACAACACCACCUGCUGCGCCCGCUGCCACGCCCCGGCCAACCUCAAGGGGCGUUACAUCGGCGAGCUGGACCAGAGCCACUUCACCUGCUACGCACCGGUCAUCGUCGAGCCGCCCACCGACCUCAACGUGACGGAGGGGAUGGCGGCGGAGCUGAAGUGCCGGACGGGCACCUCCAUGACCUCGGUCAACUGGCUGACGCCCAAUGGGACGCUGAUGACGCACGGCUCGUACCGGGUGCGGAUUUCCGUCUUGCACGAUGGCACGCUCAACUUCACCAAUGUGACGGUGCAGGACACGGGGCAGUACACCUGCAUGGUGACCAACUCGGCCGGCAACACCACGGCGUCGGCCACCCUCAACGUCUCGGCCGUGGACCCGGCCGCCACCGGCUACACCUACUUCACCACCGUCACCGUGGAGACGCUGGAGACGGCCCAGGAGGACGCGCUGCCCACCAAGAAGGAGCCGGGCCCCACGCCUGCUGUGGGCUGGGACGUGACCUACUCCACCACCUCCUUGACGCCCCGCUCCACCCGCUCCACGGAGAAGCCCUACACCGUGCCCAUCACCGACGCGGCCGAGGGCGGCAUGAAGGAUCUGGACGACGUGAUGAAGACCACCAAGAUCAUCAUCGGCUGCUUCGUGGCCAUCACCUUCAUGGCGGCCGUCAUGCUGAUCGUCUUCUACAAGCUGCGCAAGCAGCACCAGUUCCACAAGCACCACGGCCCCACCCGCACCAUCGAGAUCAUCAACGUGGAGGACGAGCUGCCGGCCGCGGCCGGCGCCCCCGGCGACAGCCACCUGGCCCUGCCGGCCCUGGAGCACGACCACCUCAACCACUACGCGGCCUUCAAGGCCCACUACAACAACAACGCGGGGGCCCUGGCCUGCGCCAAGAACCCGCUACUGAACUCUAUCCACGAACCUCUGCUGUUCAAGAGCAGCUCAAAGGAGAACGUGCAGGAGACGCAGAUCUGA